AUGGCGAUUAUAGUGACAAAUCUUUAGGUUAGGUUAGAAUAUGUGAUUAUUCUAUAUUUUUCUUAAUAUUUUGACAUUUUUUGGUAUUAUACUUAAGCUUUAAUUAUAACAGUGAAUGAGAAAUAGUAAAUGUAUCAUUUAUUAAUGAAUAUAUAUAAAUAAAAGUAAAAAUGAGAAUUGCUGUGGAAGGUUGUGCACACGGUGAAUUGGAUAUUAUUUACGAAACUAUUCAAGAAAUGGAGAAAACUAAUGGAAAAAAAAUAGAUUUACUCAUUUGUUGUGGAGAUUUUCAAUCGAUAAGAAAUUUAAGUGAUUUACAUUGUAUGGCAGUACCUGAUAAAUACAAAGACAUGUGUACCUUUUAUAAGUAUUACUCUGGAGAAAAAAUUGCUCCUGUGUUAACAAUAUUUAUUGGAGGAAAUCAUGAAGCUUCAAAUUAUCUUCAAGAAUUACCAUAUGGUGGAUGGGUAGCUCCUAAUAUUUAUUAUUUAGGAUAUGCUAAUGUAAUAACAAUAGGUGGAAUUAGAAUUGCAGGAUUAUCAGGCAUUUAUAAAAGUCAACAUUGGAUGCAAGGACAUCAUGAGAAACCACCAUAUAAUGAAAAUACAAUUAGAAGUGUAUAUCAUAUUAGAAAUUUAGAAAUAUUUAGAUUAAAACAGCUAACUGGUAAUAUUGAUAUUUUCUUAUCUCAUGAUUGGCCUUCAGGCAUAACUAAAUAUGGAGAUGAAAAUAUUUUAUUAAAAGGGAAACCAUUUUUCAAAAAUGAUAUUGAAAAUAACAUGCUUGGUAGUCCACCAUGUAUGGAACUUUUAGAACAUCAUUAUCCAAAUUAUUGGUUUUCUGCACAUUUACAUUGUAAAUUUGCAGCACUUGUUCCUGAAAAAGAAGGCACAAGAAUAACUAAAUUUCUAGCUCUAGAUAAAUGUCUUCCAAAAAGAAAAUUUCUUCAAGUAAUUGAAAUAAAACAUAAUUUAGAUUUACCAUUAAAAUUACAUUAUGACUUAGAAUGGUUAACAAUACUAUAUUUAACAAAUCAUUUAUUGAGUGUCAAAAGUGGAAUUCAUUAUAUGCCUGGACAAUAUGGUAAUACUAGAUGGAUAUUUACACCAACUGUAGAGGAAAAGGCAUUAGUUUUAAAAAAAUUUAAUUAUAAUUUACAAAUUCCAUUAAAUUUUACACAAACAGUGAAACCAUAUAAUCCUGAUGCUAUAGAUAUAUCAGUGGAACCACCACAAUUAUUAGUAAUCAUUUCAUUCAAAUUGAACCCAAUUGUAAGAAGUUUAAACGACGAAAUCAUUCUAUAUAUUCAAAUACUCUUUAACUGGAGCAAAAUAUUUUAUUUAUACAUUAAAAUGAAAUUAAUUAUUAUUAACAUAAUGGAUAAAUUAACAAUUAUUUCGGGAACAUUGUUUCUUGCUGCCGAUGUAUUCGCAAUUGUAAGCCUUGCAAUGCCUGAUUGGAUUAUAACUGAUGUCGGUGGAGAUACAAGAUUAGGACUAAUGUGGUCAUGCAUGACUUUGUAUAAUAGACCUCAAGUUUGUUAUAGUCCAGAUUUACAGCCAGAAUGGUUUAUGGCUCUUGUUUGUAUUUUUGUUGGUUGCAUUUUAAUAACAGCCACUAUAAUAUUAUUAGCUAGUUCUCAUUGGGAUCGUAAUGUCAUCCCUUAUGCAAGAUGGGUAGGAUUUACAGCUAUGGUACUAUUUUGCUUAGCAGCUGUUAUAUUUCCAAUGGGAUUCCAUAUUGAUGAAAUUGGUGGACAACCAUAUCAAUUACCAAAUUCGCAUCAAGUUGGCAUUUCUUAUAUACUUUUUGUUUUAGCUUUAUGGAUUACAGUAAUUUCAGAAUUAUUUGCUGGUAAAGUUUGUCUGCCACAUUUUUAGCAUCUUUCAUUUACUGAAUGCAUUUCUUUUAUCUGUUUAAUAUUCUUGAUAAGUAUUACAUACUUUGGAGGAUUUCAAACUAUAUAAUAUAUUAUAAAAUACAAUAAAAUACAAUAUAAAUAAAACUCUUAAUACAUAA